AUGACGUCGUCGAGUGCGCUCGGCGCGACUGCGGUCGUCGGCGCUUCGUACGCAGCGAUCGCGUACCUCUUCCACGUGCAUGCGCCGCAAGCCUACAUGGACGAGAUCUUCCACGUGCCCCAGACGCAGCAGUACUGCCAGGGCCAUUGGGACACAUGGGACCCGAAGAUCACGACCUUUCCCGGGCUCUACGUGGCAGGCGUCGCGUUUGCCAACGUCGUGCACGUGCUGCAGACGUUCUCGGUCUCGGUGCGCAUUGCGUACUGCUCGACGACGGUGCUGCGCGUCGUGAACCUGCUCUUUGGAAUCGGCAACGUCUACCUCAUUGUGCUUUUGCGCCAAAUGAAAGAGUACACGGCGCACGAGCGAACGCACGCGACCGCGCACGGCCUCAUGAUUGCGCUCUUCCCGAUCAACGUCUUCUUCAGCUUUCUCUACUACACGGACGUGGCCGGGCUCUUCUUCGUGCUCCUCAUGUACCUCCUCUCGCGCGUGAGCCAGCGCCAGCGCCUUCGCGCCGGGAGCUGCACGACGACGUACUUGGCCAGCGUGCUCUGCGGGUACCUCGCAGUUGCGAUGCGCCAAACCAACGUUCUCUGGGUGCUCUUCGUCCUGGGCACGGCCAUCGUGCAGGACAUUGAGACGACGCACGAAACGCACCUGUACGAUGAUGGCGCAGGCGCAACGUCCUCUUGUAGCCUUGGCAUCGUGCUCCUCAAGUUCUUGACGUUCCUUCUCAAAGACUCGGUGGUGCUCGUCAAGCGCUACUGGCCGACCAUCUCGAUCCUUGCGGCGUUUGGCGCGUUUCUGGCUGUGAACGGCGCCAUCACCGUUGGCGACACGGCCAACCACGUUGCCGGCUUGCAUGUUGCGCAGCUCUUGUACUUUAUGACGCUGGCCACCAUGGGCUUUGGCCUCGUCUGUCCAUCCAUCCAACGAGUCGCCGCUGUGCGUCUCGAAACCUUCUUCCGCGAUGUGGCCCACGUGUUGACGUCGAGUCUUGGCUCGUGUCUGACAUCGAUCGCCGUCGUGGUCGCACUCGUUUUGGCGAUUGACCGCUUUAGCCUGACGCACCCGUUCUUGCUCGCCGACAACCGCCACUACACCUUUUACAUUUGGCAGCGCUUUUAUCUCAAGCACGCGCUCGCCAAGUUUGUGCCGCUUCCGGUGUACAUGUAUGCGGCCUGGUUUCUCUGGAAGGAGCUCCGCAAGGCGACGACGCUGCUGUGGCUCGUUGUCUUUGGCCUCGCGACCGCCCUUGCCCUCGUGCCGUCGCCGCUCGUCGAGCCGCGGUACUUUCUCGUACCCUUCACGCUCCUCCACCUGCAUUCGCCCAAGCAACCGCUCCUUCCCGUGCUGUUGACGUCGGCGGUCUUUCUGGCCAUCAACGCGGCAACGAUCUACGUGUUUCUCUUCCGUCCGUUCACGUGGGUCGACGGCUCGGUCGCGCGCUUCAUGUGGUAG